GCCGGAAUCCGUCGGCGUCGCCAUCACGAAGCCGAUUUCUCCGUGCCAUCGACAGGCACUCAACCCCACGACACAAUCGUAGCCAUACUAGUAGUAUGCGGACUAGUAAUAGGGCGUUUACUAUUAAUAGUACUAGAGUAGUUUUGGAUAAAUCCACAUGAGCAGUAGCAGUGAUGCUGUGUGGGACAUCGUCCAAGGUCGAUACGAUGUGUCCAAGCUAGAGCGGCUUCUUCGUGGCGUGUCGAUCAGUGGAUGGGACAUGGACGGAUGGACGCCUCUACACUAUGCAUGCGACAACAAGAAUGUCACGAGUCUUGGUCCCCUCCUCGCAGCAGGAUCCAAGGUAGAUGCCAUCGACGAGCAAGGGUACACGCCUCUCCACUUGCUCUGCAAGAACCCGUCAGGAGCAUUCGCGGGUCUUUCUGAGCUUCUGGAUGCCGGUGCUCCUGUCAACGCCACCUCCAUUGAUGGCAAACGCGUGACUCCACUGCACUUGCUUUGUGCGAACGAAAGCAUCACGCAAGGCGCAUUGUCUGCCUUGCUCAAGGCUAACGCGGACGUGAAUGCCGUCGAUGGCGAUGGCAACACGGCGUUGCAUUCCCUUUCAGCCAACGACACCCUGACCGACGCGCUUCUGGGCACAUACCGUCCUGGCGCAUGGACGACCCAGAACCAGUUCAAGGCAUCUGCGUUGCAUUACCUGUGUCAAAACGUCCGCGUCACGCCGACGAUGCUCACGCUCGCUUUGGCCGCGCACGCUGACCCGAACCUUCCAGACAACACCGGGAAUACGCCGCUGCAUGCGCUGUGCGACAACGCCGCCGCGGUGUCCGUCGCUCACUUGCGCGUGAUGUUGGCGCACCCGUCGAUCGACUUGAUGGCUAUGAACGCUAGUGGACGGCGCGCGGUAUCUUCGUUGGAGUCGGACGAGUGCAUCCAGUACGUGGAGCGCCAUGGUCCCUAUGCCGCCUUGGAGUUCGAUGCAUCGACACCAUCGACCGUCCCGGGCGGGGAAGACGUGGCGGACCUGCCAGAGCCCUUGCGCGACAUCAUGACGCGCUGGAACGGCAGUCUGCCGCCGUUCGACGAGGCGUUCUACACGACCAUCUCGUGCGAACCGGCCUUCGAAGGCAUCUACACCCAGGUCCAGCAUGCGUCUAUGCUUGUGGCGGAAUCCCCGUCAGACAAGGCGCUGCUCAUGCAGUGGGACACGAGCAUGAGCGCAUGGCGCCAGACGAUCGUCCGAGCGUUCUUGACCUUGGUGAACCCGCGCUUGUGGACGUCGUACGCGAACACGUUCCACCGCCGCAUCCCAGACGACGUCGUCAAGGUCCAAUCCAAGGUGGAAGCCAUAUGGACGUCGUUCCCUGAUGCCUCCCAGCGGAGGGAGCGACUUGAAGCGGUGCAGGCGCUGUACUAAAGCAUCUAAGGACGAUCAGCUGUGGUGAUGUCGUUGGGAUGUGGUGGAUAUAUGUAAUGUUGCAGGUAGUGAGACAGUAGUUGGGACUUGGGCUUCAAAUAAUAUCAUGUCUCGCAGGAUCACAC